CGGUUUGGUGAGGACGUGAGCGGAAGAUUAAAAGCCGCUGAUUGGUGACCAGCAGAUGCUGUUAUUUUCGCGUUUUCGGGGCUAGAUUUCUGCUCGAGGUGUUUGUAGUUGAAUCAAAUCAUGGACGCGGUACAGAGACACAGAUCCAUGUACAAAGGCACGACCCCACCAUGGAAAGAAACAUACCGGAAGCGCUGCGUGGAGCGGUUGAAGAACAGCCGCUCGAGGUUACUGGAGAAGUUCAGACAGAUGGGAGAGGACUCGGGAGCAUCCAGGCGCUCGCUGCUCGUGCAGGAGGUGAUGGAGGAGGAGUGGAGCGCCUUGCAGUCAUCCGGUCCGAGUCUGCCGUCGCUCUGGAACGGAAACGGCGUCAGAGAUGUGUACACCGCGCAGCAGGAGUACGACGAACUCUCAGCGUUUGAGGAGAUCCAGCAGGAGCUCGUAGCACAAGAGCUCUUGAUUUUGGAGGAAUAUAAUAACAGCAUGCGUUAUGAAGAGCGGUAUAUAAACUCGGUGCUGGAGGGGAUGGAGGCGUCCGGACGGAUCAUAUGCCCCGUGUGUCACGUGAAUAAUCUGACAGUCAACAGUCACUUCACGUCAUGUCCUUGUGGUCUUUACGUCAACACAAUGGGUCGUAACGUCACGGUCGACGUGGUACAGAAUCUACUGGAGCAGCGCACGACGGAGCACAUGGACGACUGCCUCCACAACCCCAGCUUCUCCGUGGCCUUCAACACGGACGGAUCUCCAAACCUCAUGAUCAGCUGCAAGGUGUGUGACUAUCUGUCCGUCGUCCUGUGAGCCGCUCGUCCACGGAGUCUCAUGGAUGUUUUAAAUAUCAUUUCUGUGAAAUAAAGUUAUUUUUAACCAUA